AUGUUCAAAAAUGCGCGUCCAUCUGUUGGGGGUGUUGGCUUGAGACUUAUGCAAAAGAUGGGCUGGAGACCUGGUGAGGGGCUUGGCCCUGAUGGUAUGGGCAAUCUUGAACCUCUGGUGUUGGAUGUGAAGAAUGAUAGAAAGGGUUUGGUGGCCCAGGAUGAUGUUGGCGCUAAAGGUGGAGGUGGUAAAAGUGCUGGAGAUGUAAUCGCAACAAAGCACCCUGUCUCAAUGGUCAUGGAGCUUUGCGCAAAACGUAAAUGGUCGGCGCCACAAUUCAUUAGUCAUGAAUCUGGUCCAUCCAACAUGAGAGAGUUCAAAUGCACAGCCAUCGUCAACGGCAUCGAGUAUAAGUCUGAUAUCAUAUCCCGCAGCAAGAAGGACGCGAAAUUAGUAGCUUGUCAGAUAGUUCUUCAAUCCCUUGGCCUUGUACCUCGUGAUUCAUCAUUACCGGUUGUUAUAUAGUGUAGUACAGCAUUUCUUUUCUGAUUCGCAAUUAGGUCAUUGUAAAUCAAUACCCUUCGGGUUUCUACUUAUAUUUUAGUACUUAGCUUCCGCUCUCCUUUUUGUUGUUUUCAUUUUUGUAUGUCUGUUAUUUCAGGUAUUUAUCGUUUUGUAUUUUUUUUCACUAUAUUCUUUGUAUUGUAAUAAAUUUGGUUUCG